AGUUCUCCCAAACCCGAUCCUGAAGCUACUAAAUAACUUUAUACAAUUACAACUAGCUAAUUAAUUAAUGAACUUAACCACUUUCGUAUUUGCCGGGUUGCCCGUGCUAAUUCAGCAUUAUGCUGAUUACUACAAGCAACGCGAUUUAGCUUCUACCCUAUGUGACGUCGAACCUCAACUUGGACUCCCGCAUGUUGACGAGUAUGAUUUUAUUGUGGUUGGCGGCGGAACGGCGGGUAGUUUAGUGGCGGGUAGAUUAGCGGACAAUUUUAACGUUCUCUUACUCGAACUUGGUGGCGACCCACCUCCCGUUAUUUACCCGGCGUAUAUUGGUUCCAUCAAGUCCUACGAUAUAAGGACGCAUCCCUCAAUUAACGAAAUAUACAAGUCUAUUCCUCAGUCCACUUCGGCAUUAGAUGACAAUGGGAUUGCAACCGUCCACGCCGGUCGGAUGUUGGGAGGUUCUGGUUCCCACAAUUCCAACGUGUACAACCGCGGCUCUCCCCUGGACUUUGAUUACUGGGCCAAACUCUUGGGCGACGUUACCUGGGACUAUAACCAUAUGUUAGAGCAUUUUAAGGAUACUGAAAAUUUUGUUGGGCAACUUGUCAACGAGAGGCAACGUUCCGACUACUACGGAGUAAAUGGACCCUUGCGGGUGGACACGGACGUCCCCGACUUUUUAAGCAAGUGGCGGAUGGCUGCUAAUGAACUAAGAUUCAACUUUAGCGAUCCAAAUGCUCGUCAAGCACCUUCAUUUACUCCUCAAUGCGUUUCCAUUCGGAAUGGAAUUAGAGAAAGCACUUAUGACGCCUUUGUCAAAAAGAAGACAAGUCGGAAACCAACAAUCCACCGAUAUUCACAAGCAGACAGGAUACUGAUCGACGAGAACAACAACGCUUAUGGGGUUGCUUAUACACGUCACGGAAUCCCGCAAAUUGCUCAUGCUAAGAAGGAAGUUAUCGUCUCGGCGGGAUCAUUUGGAUCCCCAAUCCUUCUAACAAAAUCUGGGAUUGGGCAACAAGAUGUUCUCAAGGCGGCAAAGAUUCCCCUCAAGAAAAACGUACCCGGCGUCGGAAAAAAUUUAUGGGAUCACGUCAUGCUCAUUCUAACCUUUCGCCGAAACGAUCCUUCCUACCGUGACCCCAAUUUCCUCGAAGAACUUAAAAAAUUCCAAACCGAUCGCACCGGUUACUUCGCCCAUCAACGUCGCACCCAAGCAUUCGCCUCUUCCUCUCGCGCUAAAACGGACGGUGAACCAGAAUGGGGGGAUAUUCAAGUCCAAAUGAUCGACCAACCCUUCAUUGAAGAAAAUCCGGGCGGCGCUGUCUGGGAAAUUAGUUUAUCCCGCCCAAAAAGCUCGGGCGAAUUCCUCUUCAACGCUUCAGCCUACGUUCAGGGAGAAACCGCAAAUGGGAAAUUGGGCCUCAGCAACUUCAAGUAUUUUAAUGAUUCGACCGACCUCGACGUAAUGGUCGAGGGGAUCAAUCUCGCCAUCAAAAUUAUGGAAGGGACGAAAGCCUUCAAGGCGAAUGGGUACAAAUUGGAUGAAUCAUUUGUUCCCUCGGCAUGCAAAAAGUUUCCGAGCAGAUCAGCAGAGAUGUGGAAGUGUGUUCUGAAAAGGUUGGGGACGACGCAGUGGCAUUGGUCGGGAACUUGUAAGAUGGGCAAGGCCAGCGAUCCUAUGGCUGUGGUUAAUUCGAAAAUGCAGGUGUUUGGCAUUGAAAAGUUACGAGUUGUGGACGCCAGUGUGAUGCCAAAGGUUACCAAUGCCAACUUGAACGCCGCCACGAUGGCGGUUGCGCAGAAAGGGGUGACAGAAAUAUUACACAAGUAUGGUAGCAACACAAAUGAGGACAAUUAACCAUCAAAUUAUUCACUAUUGUCAAUAUUAAUCAAGAGUUUGUGAAUCUAUCAAUCAGUCAUAUGUUUCGGGACGAGAGAGAUGAACCAAUCAUUUUAACAACAAAUGUUAAAACGCGUAAUACAAAAUUUAGAUAAUCGUGAUGUGGAUUUUGGUUAUUGAAUUAUUUAAUUUUAUUCUGUUAAAUUAUGACUCCUAAAGUUAUUUUAUUCAUUGUUUAAUAAAUUCAAAUACAUAAUUUUUGUCUUUAAUUCAA